UUAGAUAGCUACUUAUGAAGUGCAUAUAUGUGGUAUCUAGUACUUUUCACGCAAAAGUAAUUAUUUCACAACAUACAAAGUGAGCAAGUGCAUAGGUAGUUUUGUGGUGGAUUUUUUUUUCAAUUUUUGUAAAAUAAAUAGGUCAUUCAUCAUGAUUCAAUUCGAUUCUUGCUGCUUCUGCAUACCUCUAAGGACUGGCUGCCUUAUCCUGGGUUAUUUGCAUCUGAUCGCGUCGAUAAUCCUCGCUAUAGUUUCUAUAGUGACGUUGGCGGCGGUCGGUGCGGUGAUCGCCUCCACUGACCCGGCGAAGAUCGACGAAUCUGCCGUGGCAGCGCUUAUAGCUGUCUACGUCAUCGUCCUCAUUCUUGUAGCUGUUCUACUCACCUUCUCCAUACUGCUGGUCGUUGGAUUACACAAGGAGCGACGAAGCUUCGUCAAGGCUUACUUGAUCUACUAUUUGAUCUUCAUCAUACUGUAUACUAUAAUGUUCAUAGUGAGAUGCGCUAGCCUGCCGCCCGAUGUUGGCUAUAUUAUUGGAACCUUGAUCCAGAUACUUCUCAGCUGUUACUUCCUGCUGGUCAUCAGGAGUCACUGGGUCACAAUGGGUGACAACUUCAACAGUGCUUAAACUGUGUGGAUAUUAUUAACUCGAUCUCUUUGACUAUAAACGUUGUUUAGUUGUAUUGUCAUCUGUUCUGCUGACCUAUUUCCUAUUUUGAUUUUUAUUAUCAACCCAUCAAAAUAGAAAACAAAUCAAUUGACAAAAUGUCAUCCACAUACCAUACAAAUUACAAAUGUCAUCCGGUACUUACGGUGUAUAUCAUAUGGUAUUUAGAUGACACUUUGUUGUCCACUUCAAUCAGUUGAUAAUAAAGACCAAAGUAGUGAAUUAGGCCACUGUUUUAUCUUCUUCAUUCUGUUGUCAAUUUUCGUAUGAUUGAACGAAGAAGAGAAGAGAGUUAGCUACAUUUAGCUAUCUAUUUUCUGUGGUUAUAAGGAAGAAUAGGAUUUGAUGUUAGACAAUGUUUAAGAGUAUAGAAUGAGUUUAUAAUAAGUACUUAAUAAUUUAAUUUAGAAUACUAAUAUAUAAUUAUAUAAUUUAACGACAAUUUCAAAUAUAUUAACAUAAUAAUAUGA